CUGCAAACACCGUGAAAAUUUAUUGUACGUGCAUGCAGCUCGGCUCUUAUGUAUUAACUGAACAAUCCGGAGAGGCCGUUAUAUCUCUCCCUAGUUUCAUAUGGAAAACAUUUUUUUUUUUUUUUUUUUUUUACAUCUCCAUGUUUUCGGCGAAGUCAUACUUAACCCGCUUAUACCUAUGAUGAAACUAGACAACAGUGUAAAGCGGCUGCAAACCCCGGAUGGAUUCUUGGUCGCGCUGUAGACAAAUUCACAAACGCAUCCUGUCUUCAGGUUCCUAUGUGGCUGCCGAAAAUGCGCGUAGAGCCGCAGGCAUGAGAGAUUUGCCAUGGCAUAAGCAGAAAAUAACUAUUUGCAGUAACAUUCGUGAUAUGUUUACAAAAUGAUUCCGGAAAAUGUGAUUGCGAGUGGACAGUUGCUAGACUAAUUUGAGAGCUUAAUUUACAGAGCCGAUCCGGGGCAGUUGGACUGACUGAUUCUUCUGACUUGGAGGUGGCUUUCAGUCUUUAUACCUUUCAGCGAAUGAAAACUGAGGCCACAUAGUGACAGGACUACUAACUGCAAAGGAAACCGGUUUUGCGCACAAAUGCGCCCCUCAUUUGCAACAGUUUAGCCCUCGGUCAACAGGUCAACAGUAUGGACUUAAACGACAGCGCAUCGUUGGCAGAACUUAUGGCCGGAUACAGAUCCACUGAAACGGGAUUCCGUGUUCCAAAGGAUGGCUGGAGGAUAUGUCUGGCGCACGAGUUCAAGGAGAAAAGAAAACCGUUCCAGGCUAAAGACGUGUCGCUAUCUAACAUAGUAGAACACAUUGGUCUAGGUGUCAGGUAUCUAAAAUGGUGGUACAAGAAAACGCAAGUCGAAAAGAAAGCACCCUUUAUUGACAUGUUUCGUGCAUUGCCUCUAAAACAAAUUUAUGGGGUCCCUCUAGGUGGUAUUGGGGGCGGUACCAUUACACGUGGAUGGAAAGGGGAGUUUUGCAGGUGGCAACUCAAUCCAGGAAUGUACCACUACAAAACUGUUAUUGCUGACCAGUUCACAGUUUGCCUCCGUCGGGGGGAUCAGACCUUGUAUCAGCAGGUGCUGUCUACUGAUCGGCCGCACACACUGCAGGGCUGGAACUGGGGCUUCUGUGGUGAAUAUGCCUUUUACCACGCUCUGUACCCUCGAGCCUGGUCUGUCUACCAGCUACCUGGUCAGAACGUCACGCUCACCUGCAGGCAGGUGUCGCCUGUCAUCCCUCACAACUACAAGGACUCCAGUCUGCCUGUUGCUGUAUUUGAGUGGCAUAUAGAGAACAAGAAUGACUAUGCACUGGAUGUUUCCAUCAUGUUUACCAUGGUUAAUGGGUCAGGCCACAAAGACGAUAAAAGCGGGGGGCACUGGAAUGAACCAUUCCACUUGGAAAAAGAAGGGGAACGUGUGUCUGGGGUUUUGCUCCACCACUGCACACCUGUGAACCCGUAUACUCUAUGCAUGGCAGCACGAGAACAGUCCAAUAGAGAGAUCAGCCAUCAGACGGCGUUCAAUCCAGAGGGCACCUGCGGCGCUCUGUGGAAUGACCUCAUUAGCGAUGGGACACUGGGUUCACCCUCAGGCUCCAGCCUGCCCACACGGAGAGGGCAGAGGGUGGCAGCUGCACUGGCCGCAGGCUGCUCUGUGCCUCCUCAUGGACACAACAGUGUAGAGUUCAGCCUAGCCUGGGACAUGCCAAAGAUGACAUUUGGCUCAAGAGAAAGAGAGCACGUCAGACGAUAUACCCGUUACUAUGGUACCAAAGGGGACGCAGGCCCGUCUAUCUCUCACUAUGCACUCACACACUACAAAGAGUGGGAGAAGAUGAUUGAGGAAUGGCAGACACCCAUUUUACAAAAUAGUUCUCUGCCAUCUUGGUAUAAGUCGGCAUUGUUUAACGAGUUAUACUUCGUGGCGGAUGGUGGGACGGUGUGGGUUGAGCUUCCCGAAGACUCUGAUAUCAGUGGAGGACUCCGCUCAAAAGAUGGCGGUCUUCCAGGCCAGCCCCAUAUAGUGAAGGAAUAUGGCCGCUUUGCUUAUUUAGAGGGUCAGGAGUACCGGAUGUACAACACAUAUGACGUGCACUUCUACGCCUCUUUCGCACUUAUCAUGCUGUGGCCCAAGCUUGCUCUAAGUCUGCAAUACGACAUCGCUGGCAGUGUGGUACAGCACGACCCUACUGAAAGGCUGAAUCUAAUGAGCGGUCACUGUUCACCAGUCAAAACCCGGAAUGUAGUACCUCACGACAUCGGAGACCCAGAUGAUGAGCCAUGGCUGCGUGUCAAUGCUUACAUGAUUCAUGACACAGCCGACUGGAAAGACCUGAACCUCAAGUUUGUUCUCCAUGUGUAUCGUGACUACCACUUAACUCAAGACACACAGUACCUGAAGGACAUGUGGCCCAUCUGUCAGGCGGUUAUGAAGACUGAAAUGAAGUUUGACAAGGAUGGGGAUGGUCUUAUAGAGAACUCCGGCUAUGCUGACCAGACUUAUGAUGGAUGGUCUGUGACAGGACCCAGUGCGUACUGCGGGGGUCUGUGGCUGGCAUCAGUGUGUGUAAUGUGCAAGAUGGCACGGCUUCUGAAUAGUGAUUCUGUCUAUGAGUACUAUCAAGAUGUCCUGAAACGAGGCAGUGAAGCCUUUGACAAGCUACUGUGGAAUGGGAACUACUAUAACUAUGACAGCAGUGGAAGGAGCCUGUCCAACAGUGUAAUGUCUGACCAGUGUGCAGGUCACUGGUUCCUGCGGGCGUCUGGACUGGGAGAUGAUGAUGAUGAUGAGUUCCAGGUUUUCCCAAAGCACAAGGUCUGUAGUGCUCUGCAGACUGUGUUUCGUCUGAAUGUGAUGUGUUUUGGGGAUGGGCAAAUGGGUGCCGUGAAUGGAAUGAGGCCAGAAGGUAUGCCGGAUCGCUCCAGUGUGCAGUCAGAUGAGGUCUGGGUCGGUGUAGUCUAUGGGCUGGCAGCCACUAUGAUUCAUGAGGGUAUGUUGAAAGAGGGUCUACACACGGCUGAAGGUUGUUACCGCACAGUGUGGGAGCACUUAGGAAUGGCUUUUCAGACUCCGGAGGCAUAUUCUGAGAAAGGAAUCUACCGGUCCCUGGCUUAUAUGAGACCGCUCAGUAUCUGGGCCAUGCAGCUUGCCCUGGACAAUCUGUCAACUCCGACUCAGACUAUGGGUUAAGAUAGUGAUCAAACACAUCCUGAUAUGGAUUCACAGAAUGAGCUGGUUAAAGAGAACUGCCAUUAACAAAAGUAUGUGCCUCAUCUUCUGAUGGACAUAAGCCCUCCACAACCCUUCAAACAAAUCCAUAUAUAACAAAUACACAUUAAAACUAUUUUUUUCUCACUUGAGGACACGUGUCGAUCCUUAUAGUAUCUUAGCAUGUAGUUUUGAGAUUAGGGUGCUACCAUUUGGGGCUCCAGGUUUUAGGAACAAUACAAUUUUAUUCAGACAUACAGUAGAUAAAUUAUUCAAGCAAGAUAGUAAAAGCAUGAGAUUCUUAAACGAAAGAAUUAGAAAGGGCUAAAUGCUUGAAUUUAGGAAUGUCAAGUUUUUAAAAUAUUAGUUGACAAUUUUUAUUGCCAUGCAAAUAUUGCAAUUUUUUUUCCUUUUGACACUAUUGCAGUGUAUAUAAGUAAUGUAAUAAUUAACGUAAACCUUUAUAAAGAGCUAGAUGUCAACCUCAUUGUUUUCAACUAAUAUAGUUUACUGUACAAUCUGGGAUUGAUUAUGACUAGGGAUGUCGCAGGAUGAUUUGAAAGAUCUGUAUCAGUCUGUCAAUGCAUACACUAAUGGAUAUGAAGCCCAGUCAAAUUCUGAUCUUUUGGUUACAUUAUUUUACCCAUUAUAUAUAUUUCUCAAAAUACACUUUUCUGUGUAAACACCUUUUCCCAGAUUGCCCAUAGUACAGCCUCAGCCCUGCAUGCAGAGCUGUUGGUGAAGAUGUUUAUCUAAGAUGUAGUCUGUCCUGUGCAAAGUUCAGCUCAAACAAAGGUCGCGAUGAAAGUAUGCUGGAUUUGACUCAUGGAUCUUGAUCUUAUGUUGCCCUAGUUCACAGCCAGUUAGGGGAUGAGAGUAACAGCUCCAUUAAAUCUGUGAUUUCAUCAUAUCAAGGUAGCUAUCCAUGGAACGGACAGAUUCCCUCCUUUUUAACUAUAGUUACAUUUGUCUCUUACCUUUUAUUUUUUCCUCCAAGAGGUUCAUACUUGUUUGGAUGACACACGUGCAUAAACAUUAAAAGGAAGGCCUGCUGUAGCUGAAUCAGUGAGGGUGGACAUUUUAAAACCUAGACUGACCUCCUAGAACCCAGACUGACCUCCUAGUACCUAGACUGAACCUAGAUUACUUUUAGAUGUUGGAUUAAUUGUACAGAUUUUAAUACAUCUGAAGUGUGCGCUGUACAGCAAUAUUACCUAAGAACAUGCAAGUCCCAUCAGGACUCAGUAUAAGCAGAUACUAAAUAUCAGAUGACAAAUUAGGUUCAGAAUUGUAAUGGGAAAUCACUAGUUACUGUAUACCAAUUCUCAACCUAAAGUUUGAGGUGCACUGUUGGAUUACACAGGGUCUGAAUAUUUUAAUAUCCCAAGAUACAGGAAACAGACUGAUUUAAGACACUCUGUCUUUCACCUCUAAAUCUGAUGCACAUUUAUUUUGUAUCUCGAUUUUUUAAUGCCAUUUUUUAUGUCUAUCUGAUGUAAUGAAGAGUGGUUUAAGACAAUGGAACAAGAGAAUGCUACUUUUUGAAGUUGUAUGUAACAGGGUAACAAAGAAAAUAUGUUUUCUGUUUUGAUAGAAACAUUCAAAGUGCAUUAUCUCAUUUGAAAAGCUGGAUAGAAAUUAUAAAACUUCCACAAUAACACUAGAAGGUUUUAGACACUUUUUUGUGAUGGAAACAUUUUUCAAAUAAAUGUUAAUGCAGCAAACAUUACAUCAGGGAUCAGUUGUUAUGGUCCAGUUACAUUACAGUUCUAGACUGAAAUGAAGCAGAAAAAGACUGAAUGCAGUAAUUUAACUGAUAACUGACGUUAUAUUACAUUCAAAACACCCCCUGAGAUAUCAAGCGCACUGUUGUAUCCUUAGGGGAGACACUGUUGCAUAAAACCAUAGGAGACUCAGCUGGUUCACACAUCAGAUUGAUCUGUUCAUCUAUUCUGGAAAGCAAGAAAUAUUGAUUUUUAUAAGAACUCCUUAUUUGCUAUCUCUUGCAAUGGAUGCAUGAUUGUAGAAUAUAAUGAUUGUGUGAGAUGAACACAGUAAACUCAAGUAACUGAUCAGAUGAUCAUAGCAUACUUAUGUUGCAUCUGUCUAUGGCUUUGACAAAUCAAUACUGUACACCCACUUUAAAGAAAUAAGACCUAGCUAUAGAUCUAAAUAAAUUAAUAUAUCAACAGAAAUGA